AUGGCGCCGCUUCGUGGAGGAGAACAGGUCUAUGCGACGCUUCUGUUGAACGACACAUACCUUCCAGGCGCAUUGGUUCUUGCUCAUUCUCUCCGCGAUGCCGGCACUUCGAAACAGCUGGUCGUGCUCGUCACGCUCGAUACCGUAUCUGCCGAGGUUAUCACAGAACUCAAGGCUGUCUACGAUCAUGUCAUCCCCGUGCCGCGCAUUCGGAAUGCUCGACCAGCGAACUUGUACCUCAUGAACCGGCCUGAUCUCCACUCAGCCUUCACCAAAGUCAACCUUUGGCGCCAGACUCAAUUUUCCAAAAUUGUCUACAUCGAUGCCGAUGUCGUCGCCUAUCGAGCUCCUGACGAACUAUUCGACAUUGCCGCGCCCUUCUCUGCCGCACCCGAUAUCGGAUGGCCGGAUCUUUUCAAUACUGGUGUAAUGGUUCUGAGCCCCAACAUGGGAGACUACUAUGCUCUCAUGGCGAUGGCGGAGAGGGGCAUUUCUUUCGAUGGUGCCGACCAAGGUCUCCUCAACAUGCACUUCAAGAAUACGUACAAUCGCAUCAGCUUCACCUACAAUGUCACACCCUCGGCACAUUACCAGUACGUGCCUGCGUACCGACACUUCCAGUCCAGCAUCAACAUGGUGCAUUUUAUUGGCCCCGACAAGCCGUGGUUCCCAGGUCGACAAGCGAGCAAAGGAGAUUCACCAUUCGAAGACAUGAUUGGAAGAUGGUGGGCCGUUUACGACCGGCAUUACAGAGUUGCCGUGUGUCUCCCAACGUCGUUUCCUUUCGGGCAGAACAAGAGCUUACGUCUCCAUAGGAAACAGCAUCUGCUCCGCCACAAGAGCAGCAGCCACAGGUUCAGGGGGAGCAUACUCCUGUCCAGCAGCAGCAGACACAUCAGGAACAGCAGGUUCCUGAGAUUGUACAGUAUUUUACUAAAGGAGAAUUCCAGCCGCAAGCUGCGCAAGCAGCAUCAACGGGUGAGCAUUUCCACGGGGCGGAAACGCCCCGUAGCCACGGUGGCACACACUACCAGACGGCGCCCUCUUCCUCGGGUCAUCCGGCUCAUGGCCCUUCCCACCAUGAUGCUCACGAUGCUGGCUCUUCCCAGUCAUGUGUUCAUCACGAACAGCCCCAUCAUGGUCAAGGGUCCCAGCCUGAGAUCGCGUACCAGGCUGGCCAUUCGUUACCCCCUUCGAGCGAUUCAUUUGGUGCUUUUGCUGGAACGCAAGCUGAGGCUCGAUCAGAGCAGAUUUCAGCACAUGAGGGGCGGGGUGAAUCAGUACCAGUGGAGCAACCAAGAGAGCCAACUCCUCCGCCAGCAUGGGACGCUCAGAGAUUCAAGACCAGAGGCACUCAACUUCCCUUCACAGACGUAUGAGAUGUCUCAGGACCCCGCUCCAUUUGUGCCCCCCCAACGAUACCCGAGUCCCCCAAGAAACAUGUGGUAUGAGGUUCCGAAGGACAAGCCAACGCAGAAGCCUCGUCACCUCUUCCCAUGGGAGAUCAACCAACCCAAGCCGACCAGAGUCUUCACUGCGGAUUUGGCCGAGCCGGAAGCCGAAGAAUCUUCGAGCACGCCGACUGGUGAGCACGCGGCGUCUUUCACGGCGUCUUCCACAUCCCAGGCUCCCGCUGAGCCGUCUCUUUUAGGAUCAUCGACGACUGGUCAAAAGAGCGAGCCCAGCACCCCAGCCACUCCAACUAUCAAAGUCAGCCCGUCGGACCCUUGGACCGCUUUUACACGUACGAAUGCCUGGGACGAAGUACCCGAAAUCGAACGUUACGUCGAGGGUCUCCAGAAGCAUCGUCGUGGGAAGAGCCAGGGCUCGGUGGGAACCUCUGAUGGAAAGACAGCAAAGGAGCAUGGGCUCAAGCUCACAGACUUCCCUAGCGUAGUCGACAGACCUAGUCUUCCAGUCACUCCUGCACCUAUCCGUCGGCCAAAGUUCUGGGGCGGUGGCCCCAAACCUGGCGACGGAGAGGAUGAUGAGGAACUGCCGGUCGCCCAGGGCGUGCCGCCGCAGACUGACUGGGACCCUUCUGCACAGCUUCAGGAAUUGGCUAAGCAGCAGUCAGAGGCUUUGUUGAAGAAGCUCGGUGGUGGUGAAGGUGGACCUGAGGGUGUGAGUCGAGAGAUCCCGAAACGUUCCUUGCCGUUCGGCUCGGAGAGAGUGUUUCCACCUACUUAUGUUGCGCAGUCGUCUAAAGGAGUGGUACUCAGUCCGCAGCCGGUGAAAGGCAGCGCGACUACGAGUGUUUUGCGCAAUCUGGGUGGUGAGCAGGCACAGAUCCAAGAGCCGGCGUAUCAAGGUCCGGGUACCGCCUGGGAGAGGGGGGAGGGUGCCCCGUUGUGGGAGACGCCUGCACUUCCUAUGGAGGAGCAGCGCGAUGUGCUCGACACAUAA